AUGUCAGUCUACAUCACCGAUAGUAACACCAUGGCAUUUGACCAAUCAGGAGUUGCCCGCGCCAUUACAAACCUGUCUACUCGGCUCUUUUAUGGAAAGAGGGUGACUGCUGUUGUGCCAGCUGACCCCGCCAUCAGUGACGAUGAGGGCUCUGAUGAGGAAGACGACGAUGUGGCAGACCCCGACUUCAUCCCACUUACCCACGAGUGCCCGAGUGACAUGAGCCCCUCUGCCAAGAGGAAGUGUGUGCAGACUGCAGUGGAGGAGCUUGAGGACGAAGACGACAACAAUGAAGAGGAGGAGGAUGAAGACCAGCCAGCACCACAAGCCAAGGGCCCCACAAAGAAGGGGAAGCCAGCAUCCAGGCUAACCACCUGGAAGAAGGUUGACCUGGACAACCAAGCCCUGCCUGUGUACCAGCACGUUCCCCCUGACUUCAUCGAAACUCCAUAUGCUUUCUUCAGCAAGUACUUCAGCCCCCGUGUCAUCAAGCACAUAGCAUACCAAUCCAACUUGUAUGCAACCCAGAAGGACGUCAACACCACCACUGAAGAUGAGGUGAGGAACUUUGCGGCCAUCCUCCUCUACAUGGGGAUUUCUGAGCUGCCCUCCAUUGAGGACUACUGGGCAAUGGAGACCAGGGUCCCUCAAGUUGCAAACAUCAUGUCAUCUAAGAGGAUCAGGCUGAUGAGAAGGCUUGUCCACUUCAAUGACAACACCCAGAUCCCUGGCACCAUCGACAGAUUCUUUAAAGUCUGGCCACUGUUCAACCACCUGGUUACUGUCUUCAGGAGUGAGCCACAGACCCCCAAGCAGUCUGUGGACGAAGUUAUAGUUGCCUACAAAGGCAAGACAGCUGGCAACCUGAGGCAGUACAUCAAGAGCAAGCCGGACAAAUGGGGGUUUAAGUUGUUUGCCAGGGCUUCUGAGGAUGGCUUUAUUCAUGACCUGGUGCUAUACCAGGGCAAAACUACACUGCAGGCCCACGGUGUCCCCAUGACGUCUGAACAACAAGCCGUGGGGGUCACCAGCCAGAUAGUCUCUGUCCUGGCCAGCACCAUGUCCUCGUCCACCACCACAGCCAUCUUUGCGGACAACUUCUUCACCAGCCUGGAGAUUUUUAACCUCAAAGACAAGAACUGCAGGUACACGGGGAGAGCUAGGGACACCAGAAUAGGCAAACCUCCAUUGAAGUCCAUCAAGGACAUGGAGAAAAAGGCUGUCCCUCGUGGUGUACAUGACUACGUCACCAGUGAUGAUGGGAUCCUGGCCCUCAGGUGGAAGGACAACAGGGUCGUCUCUCUGCUGUCAACAGACAUGGGGGUGGAGCCCAUAUCCUCAGUCUACCGGUACUGCAGUGACACCAAGAGGAAGGAACCGGUAAGCUGCCCUGCUGUCAUCAAGAGCUAUAAUGCCAACAUGGGGGGCAUUGACAAGAGUGACAUGCUGGUCCACCUCUACCGCACCCCCAUGAAAUCCAAGAGGUGGUACAUGCGGAUGUUUGCGUAUGCAAUAGAUGUCAGCCUCACGAAUGCCUGGAUCAUGUACAGGCGGGACAUCAAGGCUCUUGCUGUGGAUGAUGGCCUGUCAUUGAAGAACUUUCAGAUCCAGGUGUUUAGGAGUUGCAGCAGCCAGAGGCCAGUUAUGUCUCGCCCCCGAAGGAGCUCAUCAUUUCCAUGUGCACCCAGCACCUCUGUUGAUAUCCCCAUGCCUAUCCGGGGACACCGCAGCCACACCCCAGUUUGA